GCCUACUUCCUUUGAUAUCGCUACCGCGAGACUUUGCGUGAGUGUACGAGAAAUAGAUUUCAACCUUCCAUACUUCUUCGACUGUUAAGAGCGUGUUAGCCGGAAAAUAGCCCAGUAAAAUAACAACAGGUAUAUGAGUCAAAAGGCAGAAAAACCAACACUAUCAGGCACCCGUCUGAAGACCCGAAAAAGGGAUGAAAAAGAAAAGUACGAUCCAACAGCUUUUCGAGAUUCCAUCAUUGCAGGGCUAGGUGAAUGUGGGGGAGAUCUAGACCAGGUUUCUCGUUAUCUGGACAGAGAAGGAUCAAAACUCAAUUACAGGAGAUAUGCAGAAGUCCUCUUCGAUAUUUUGUUUGCUGGGGGGAUUCUUGCCCCAGGAGGUUUUAUAGUUGAGAGUGUUGACUCUGGCAAGCCCGUCAGGUCAGAUAUUUGUGUGUUCAGGUGGGAUGGAGAUCUUGUCCAGCUUACCAAAUUUUACAAUGUAUUUUACAAGCUCAUCCGAAGGUACAAGUAUCUGGAAAAAGCAUUUGAGGAUGACCUGAAAAAGAUCCUAAUGUUCCAGAAAGGCUUUUCAGUUGAAGAGAGAGAGAAACUGGCUAGGAUUACUGGUAUUAUUUUAGCCAAUGCAUUAUGUACACCUCGCAUCCUGCUCAGUUUAUUUGAGGACCAUCUUGUUAAGGAAGGAAUCUCGCAAGAGUUUGCUGUCACAAUGUUUGCAACUUGGUUAGCAGAAAAGGACAUCAAUUCCAUUUGUGCAGCCCUGAAAAAACAGCAGGUAGACACUAGGCUUAUGGAAAUAUUCCCCCUAAACAAGAGGAAUCAGGAAAACUUCGCUUCCUUCUUUCGGGAACGUGGCCUUGGAGCCAUCGCAGACAUGCAAACGGCUCAGAUGGCUUCGAAGGCAAAGAAAGAAGCCCAGAAAAACCUGGCAGAUAUGAUAAAGGAUGAAAGCUCAGUGCCAGAUAUGAUUGAAUAUGUUACGGAUUUGCUUGAGAAACAGGGAAUGUCAGAAACAGAAGUAACCAUUUCUAUUUGGAACUCUGUAAUGGCUGCUGUUGAGUGGAACAAAAAAGAAGACCUAGUGGCAGAACAGGCCCUCAAACAUCUUCGUCAAUAUUGUCCUUUACUUAAGGUCACUGCCAGAUCUGGCAAGUCUGAACUUGCCCUGAUGCUCAAAGUUCAGGAAUUCUGUUAUGAAAACAUGAACUUCUUAAAAUCUUUUCAAAAAAUCAUCAUGCUACUGUACAAAAAUGAAGUUAUUAGCGAAGAUGUGAUCCUCAAGUGGUACAAAGAUAGCCACAGUGCCAAGGGUAAGAGUGUCUUCCUGGAACAGAUGAAAAAGUUUGUCGAGUGGCUACAAAAUGCAGAGGAGGAGUCUGACGAAGAAGAAGGAGAGGAAGAUUGAAACCUAAAUAGAACUUGAUCUGUUGGGUGUAUACAGAUCUUGUAGUUAAUUGUUUUUCUUCAUGUGCUAGUUUGGACUUUCCUGUUUACCCGGCCAAGGAAAUUUUUACAUCAUUGCAAGCAUCUAUUUAUUAUAUUUUUUAUGUUCUCAUCUUUGGAAACUAAAUUGCUUAAAUAAAUAUAAUUAUAAAUACACUACAGUAUAUGUUGAAUGCAAUUAUUUGUAUUAAGGUUGGUUUCCUUCACUUGAUUUUGGAUCAUGUGAUUUUAAGGGUUAUCAUUCCAAAUGAUUACUUUUCAUAGUAUACUUGAGUAAAAUGUUUAAAUUAAGAAAUUAUGCAUGUCAUCAAAAUUUUUGGCUUCCCUUCUGCAUUCUAUUAAGUUUCUAAUGUGCAGGCAAUUGUUUCAUGUUUAUUUUGAAAUUGCAAUUUUUAGAGAAGUGUCUUUGUAAUUAAUAUGUUGUAUAUAUCAGCUAAAAACUAGUUCACUGUUGUAGUAAUUAUUAAACCAUUAGGUCUCUUUUUAAAACUUGCUUUGGGUGGUGUACUGAAUGAGUUGAGUGUCCCUCUUCUUCAUCUUGUGGGUGUUUGCCACAAUGUGUACAUUAAUGAAAGUUGUGCUUGAUUGCUUAUUGUGUGCAAUUACUCAGGUAUUUGAUGCCCAACCAUGUAUGGGCACUGUUAAUGCUACUGCAGCUGGAAAUUCACAUUUCACAAUUUGCCUUAUUCCAUGCAGUCAUUGAGCGAGUAAAUGCAUGAUUUAGGUUCUGUAUGGUUGUCUUGUCAUUUAAUUUUCAGCAACAAUGAACCAUCACUUGAAGAUUAACUAUUCACUCUAAGAAUACAUUUCAUCUGCACAGUCAACUUCAAAUGCCCAUUUGCAAAUUUCUUCUGUAAAUAAAAUAUGGAACUAUU